GAUAGACUUAGCUGUAUGAUGAAAGUUGAUUUCCCAAAUUAAUAAGGUGAAAAGCGGAAGUUGCAAACGCAACCGUAUCCUAGCUGUUGAACCAAGCCAUAUAUAGCAAAAGAAAAUACAGAAGAAGAAAAAAACCUUCAAAGGUCAACAUUGUCAUAUAAUAUGUACCAUACUGUUUAUUUUCGGUACCCUCCGUAACUUCCCGAUUCAAUCUCUUAUUCAUUGACCCUAGACGAUAAGCUGGGUGGUUACGUUGCACUGUGAUUCCAUUAUAUUGUUGUGAUUAACUAAUUAUUGUACUUUUUAUAAAAGAUUGUUUCUUGAAUCAUCUUAAUGCUGCUCUAUCUCUUGUGAAGGAGAGAGAGAGAGAGAGAGAGUGAUUAACAAGACACAAGAAUGGCUACGCCGAAUCCAGUAACAGCAGCAGCACCACCAGCAUGUCCAGCACCAAUGAAAGCCACGUCCAAUGGGGCGUUCCACCAUGAAAAUCCUCUUGACUAUGCUCUUCCAUUGCUAAUUGUUCAAAUAUGUAUCGUUGUUGGCUUCACCAGAUUCCUUGCAUUCCUUUGCAAACCCCUUAGACAGCCUAGAGUUAUUGCAGAGAUCAUCGGAGGAUUACUGCUAGGACCAUCUGCAUUUGGACGAAACCAGAAGUUCCUAAACACAAUCUUUCCAAAGAAGAGCUUAACAGUUCUGGACACCAUAGCCAAUGUAGGUCUCUUGUUCUUCUUGUUUCUCGUUGGUCUUGAGCUUGAUGUCCGCUCCAUUAAGCGUACUGGGCCAAAGGCCUUAGCCAUUGCCGUGUGCGGCAUCACUUUCCCUUUCCUUCUCGGCGUUGGAACCUCUUUUGUUCUCAGAGCAACCAUCUCACAAGGUGUUCAGCCACUUGCCUUCAUUGUUUUCAUGGGCGUGGCUCUAUCUAUCACUGCCUUCCCUGUCUUGGCUCGAAUCCUCGCCGAGCUCAAGCUUCUAACCACUGAUGUUGGAAGCAUUGCCAUGUCUGCGGCUGCAGUGAAUGAUGUUGCAGCAUGGAUACUCUUAGCUCUUGCAAUAGCUGUCUCCGGUGACAACACUUCUCCGAUAAUCUCUCUUUGGGUUCUGCUUUGUGGUGCCGGUUUUAUACUCUUUGCUGUGUAUGGCAUAAGGCCUUUGCUGGUGAUAAUGGCGAAGCAUUCGCUGUCUGGGGAGCCGGUUAAAGAGACCUACAUAUGCUUCACGUUGACGUUGGUUUUGGCUUGUAGUUUUCUGACCGAUACAAUUGGUAUCCAUGCUCUGUUUGGUGCAUUUGUGGUUGGUAUAAUUGUCCCAAAAGAUGGUCCUUUUGCUGGGGUUUUGAUUGAGAAGAUUGAAGACUUGGUCAGUGGGAUUUUCUUGCCACUAUAUUUUGUGUCUAGUGGGUUGAAGACAAAUGUGGCUACUAUUAGUGGAGGCACUUCUUGGGCAUUGCUUGCACUUGUUAUUUUCAAUGCUUGCUUUGGAAAGAUUGUUGGCACUGUUGUGGUGUCACUCUCAUGUAAGGUGCCUUUUAGAGAAUCAUUGGCACUUGGCUUUCUCAUGAACACUAAGGGUUUGGUAGAGCUCAUUGUUCUUAACAUUGGAAAGGAUCGCAAGGUGCUGAACGACCAAGCAUUUGCAAUUUGUGUUCUGAUGGCACUUUUCACCACCUUCAUCACGACCCCAAUAGUGAUGGCAGUGUACAAGCCAGCUCGGAGAGGAGCACCAUACAAACACAAAACAAUCCAGCGCAAGGAUCUGGACACAGAGCUGAGGAUGCUGGCAUGUUUCCACAGCACACGCAGCAUCCCAACCUUGCUGAACCUCAUCGAAUCUUCCCGCGGAACCAAGAAGUUUGGGAAGCUUUGCAUUUACGCCAUGCACCUUAUGGAGCUCUCAGAGCGCUCCUCUGCCAUCACUAUGGCCCACAAGGCACGCAGGAACGGCCUUCCUUUCUGGAACAACAAACCCGACGACGCCAACGGCAACAACGAUCACAUGAUCAUUGCUUUCCAGGCUUACGGAAAACUCAACAAGGUUAACGUUCGUCCCAUGACUGCUAUCUCUGAUCUCGCUAACAUCCAUGAAGAUAUCUGCACUAGCGCUCACCAAAAGCGUGCUGCAAUGAUCGUCCUUCCAUUCCACAAGCACCAACUCGUUGAUGGAUCCAUGGAGUCUCUGGGAAGCUCGUUCCGUCACAUGAACGAGCUUGUUUUGAGCCACGCUCCUUGCUCUGUAGGGAUCUUGGUUGACCGUGGACUAGGCGGCGCAAGCCAGGUUCAAGCAUCUGACGUGUCAUACAACAUAGUUGUGUUGUUCUUCGGUGGACGUGAUUGUAGAGAAGCACUUUCUUAUGGUAUGAGGAUGGCACAGCACCCGGGUAUCUCGCUGACGGUUGUUAAGUUUGUUACAGCACCGGGGAAGAGCCUGGCCUUCGGGGCGAAGCUUGUCGCUGUGUCAGUAGACAAGCAACAGAAAGUGGUUACAGAGAUUGAUGAAAACGAAAAACAGUUAGACGAGGAGUUGUGGAACGAGUUCUUGGGGAAGUCAAUCAAGUAUGAGGAGAGACUAGUGGAUAGCCGAAACGACAUUGAGGCUGCUUUGAGGGAGAUGAGUAGGUCCAGCCUUAUUUUGGUUGGUAGAAUGCCAUCCGUUGCACCCUUGGUUUACAACAGUGACUCUGCUCAACUUGGCCCUGUUGGAAGCUUCUUGGCUUCUUCGGAAUUCUCAACCACCGCGUCUGUUGUUGUCAUCCAACAGUAUAAUCCAGCUGCUGAUGCUCACCCACUCGUCAUGGAGGAAAUUGAUCAACUUGAGGAGCCUGAUACCCCGCUCUGAUCUAACUUCUUUUUAAUUGUUUUAGUACCCCACUACCCGGCCUCGUAUAUAUUGAUUUGAAGGAUGGUCUAACUUUCAAAUGUGUUGUAAAAGAUAUGCAAGUGGGCUGCUCAUUGGACAAGUUUUUAGAUGUUCCGAUAAUAAGUUAGUACUUUUAGUUUGAUUAAUUAAUGUUUUUACAUUAAUAUUAUAGGUUUAGGUGAGUGUUUGUUUAUUCUUAUAUCUUUAUGAGUAACUAUAUUUUUCUGUAAUCUAUAAGCUAUAGUUAAUAUCUCCUCUUAAUGUA